AGGGCUCGAUAACGCCCGGGGAUAUGUGAUCUCGCCCCUCCCCGCCGCCGGCUCGCAGAAUAAAACGCUGAUCUCAUGCCCUGCGCGGCCGGAGCCCUUGGCUCAGCACCGGGGCUCGCACCCAGGCAGGCUCCACCACCCCAGCCAGCGGCCAGGCCGCCCCCCGGCCCCCCACCAUGACGUCCUACCGGCAGGAGCUGGAGAAGUACCGGGACAUCGACGAGGACAAGAUCCUGCGGGAGCUGUCGGCCGAGGAGCUGGCGCAGCUGGACGUGGAGCUGCUGGAGAUGGACCCCGAGAACGUGCUGCUGCCGGCGGGGCUGCGGCAGCGGGACCAGACGCAGAAGAGCCCGACGGGGCCGCUGGACCGGGAGGCCCUGCUGCAGCACCUGGAGAAACAGGCGCUGGAGGCCGGCGAGCGCGACGACCUGGUGCCCUUCACCGGCGAGAAGAAAGGGAAGCCCUUCGUGCCCAAGAACCCGACGCGGGAGAUCCCGCGGGAGGAGCAGAUCACGCUGGAGCCCGAGCUGGAGGAGGCGCUGGCCAACGCCACCGAGGCCGAGAUGUGCGACAUCGCCGCCAUCCUGGGCAUGUACACGCUGAUGAGCAACAAGCAGUACUACGACGCGAUCUGCAGCGGGACCAUCUCCAACACGGAGGGCAUCAACAGCGUGGUGAAGCCCGACACGUACAAGCCGGUGCCGGAUGAGCCCCCGAAUCCCACCAACGUGGAGGAGACGCUGCGGCAGAUCCAGGCCAACGACGGGGCUCUGGAGGACGUCAACCUCAACAACAUCAAGGACAUUCCCAUCGCCACGCUGAAGGCCAUCUGCGAGGCCAUGAAAACCAACACCCACGUCAAGAAGCUCAGCCUGGUAGCCACCCGCAGCAACGACCCCGUGGCCAGCGCCGUGGCCGAGAUGCUGAUGGAGAACAAGACCCUGCAGAGCCUCAACAUCGAAUCCAACUUCAUCACGAGCGCCGGCAUGAUGAGCAUCAUCAAGGCCAUGUACCAAAACACCACCCUGAGCGAGCUCAAGGUGGACAACCAGUGCCAGCGACUGGGCGACACGGUGGAGAUGGAGAUGGCCACCAUGCUGGAGCAGUGCCAUUCCGUCGUGCGCUUCGGCUACCACUUCACGCAGCAAGGUCCCCGCGCCCGCGCCGCCAUCGCCAUCACCAACAACAACGAGCUCCGUCGCAAGCAGAAGAAAACCUAACGGCCGCCCCGGCACAAACGAGCUCCAGCUCCCUGGGGCCGCUGUAAAUAAAGAGGACGGAGAGUC